AUGGCUGCGGAUGAGGCCUACGCUCUUCGACCAGGACGAGCUCGCUUCCCUGAUGCGCCUGGUGCUCAAGCAGUGCCGCUCCAAUGCCCUGUGACUGGAUGUCAAUAUGUUGCACGCAAUAAGGCGGGCCUCUCGCAUCACCUCAACGUCAAACAUGCCAUUCAUGCGCAGCAUUACUUUUGUCAGUUCUGCCAACGAGUUUUUCUGCACAAAGGUUAUUGCACGACUCAUGAAAAGCGGUGUGAGGGCAACCCUGCGGCGGAAGCAGGUCCGCCACCUGCAGCUGCGCGCAGCGGCGCGCGCAUGAGGCCACGCAAUGCCUGGCUAGACCGGGCUCUGGUGCAAUACGACAGAGAAAUGGGGGAUCAAGCUUCGUACGCCUCCUGCUUGUUGGCCAUGGCUCGACACCACGACGACUUGCUGCGUCGCCUUGAGGCGGUGGAGCGCAGUUGCAGGCUCACCACUGAGCUGGCUUUGCUCACUGACCGCGACCUACAGCAGGAGAAGAGCAAGCACCAAAUCAUCUUGCACCUGCGUGGUGAGUGCUUGGAUGAGGUGCAGAAACUGUUCAAUGACCACUUGGACAAGAAGGACAAGGACACUGGUGGCAAAAAGCCUCGUGUGCAGCCUGCAGCUGGCGGAGCAGUCGUGGACCCAGCUGACGAAGCAGCCCAGCGUGCUGCAGAAGGGUGCUCAGCUGCUUCUCGGUCGUGGAAGGCCCAGCUGUGGAACUGGUUGCUUGAGACGCUCAAGAAACGUGCUUCGGCUGCGACUGAAGCUGGACGCUGUCAGCUUGCUGUGCAGACGGUGCAAGGACUCUACUCGGUGGAAGGUGCAGCGGUCCUUCACAGUACGCACUUCCACACCAGGGAGCCGGCGGAGGACGACAGAGGCCGGGUUUGGCGUGCUAGCCUUGACUUCGCCUUCUUGGAGCACGGCACCAAAGCGCUACAAGCUUUCGCCUUCGAGUUGCAGGCCUUCUCCUACGGUGACUUUUGCUACCGCCGCGCGUCGGUGACCGUGGUGGCCGUGGUGAAGGACGUGACAACGGUGCAGCUGACGACAGACGCGACAGUCGACGUGACAGUCGACGUGACGACCCUCGCCGUGGCAGAGACCGUGACUACCGUGAGAGACGACGCUGAGUGCGCGAAGCUGGGGAUCACAAACGAGGUGUCAACGGCGCAUGUCGAUGGUGAUAUGCGCCAAGUCUUUGCGUUAAACAAGGAAUUAGGCAUUCGAGAUGAGCGACUCAAACAGAGUGGCGCACUGGUUGUCUAUCGAGCCCACGGAAUUGAUGGGUUCCUGGCCGAGUUCUAUAAAUAUGGCAGCCAGAUGCUCAUUCAGCAAAUCAACGGGGUCGUGAGGGAAAUGUGGCGAUUUGCGGUACAAGCGCCAAACGGAAUGGAAGCGAACGCGUGGCCAGAUGCCUGGAAUGAGGGACUCGUUGUACCACUUUGGAAAAAGAAGGGCAACAAAGCGGAUAAAACGACAUGGCGGGGAGUCACGUUGUUGAGUGUUGGGUCCAAGUUGUUAGCUCGGGUGGUUGCGCAAAGGACUCUGAAAUGGUCGGAUCCCUGGCUCCAUGAAGCGCAGGCUGGCUUCCGGAAGGGGAGGGGCGUGGAUGAUGUUUUGCAGGUAACUCGUCGAAUUGUGGAGGAAGCCAGCGCGUGCCAGGCCGAUGAUUCUGUAGUUUUGAUUCGGUUGUUUGAUAUCGAGAAGGCUUAUCCGCGAGUAAGUCGGGACACGUUGUGGAUGUUAAUGAAAAAGAAGGGGGCCGCCAACGGGUUUAUCAAGAUUUGCCAAGCGCUCCACGAACACACAAGGUAUUCAGUGAAGGUUUACGGCGGAAAUUCCUCAUCGUACGCGGCGGAUAAAGGUUUGCGGGAGGGGUGCCCUUCCAGCCCCCCGCUUUUCAAUGUCUAUCAUCAAGCGGUCAUGGAGGAUUUUCGAGUACGAAGACAGGCGCAGGCACAGAAUCUGGGGCUGGAACCGGGGUUGCCGUGGACAGUCAAGGUGGACGGCAGGGUGGAUCACCAGUUUCACAGUCGCGGGCACCUGUUCCGACGUAGUCAUGACACGGUACUGGGAGACGUGGGUUUCGCAGAUGAAAAACGGAAGGUUUACGAGUAUCCACUACACCAAGGGCAAGGACAAUGGUUCAAAUACUUAUUGGCGCAGAUUCAAGUAUCACAGCUGGACUGGUUUCGAUUAGCACAGGAUCGAGCCAACAGUCUCAAGUAUCACUAUGACGACAAACAUGCGGGCGACGUUGGGGAGCUCAGGGAACAAGUGGCACAGCAGGGGCACGAGAUCUCGUCGUUGCGUCGUCGGGUGGACCGAUUGGAAAAAUCGACCCAUCUCGUGAUUGAAAACGGAAGUCGUCUGGAGGAGCUUUUCAGCAAGGCAGAGGCAUCCCGGGAGUUUAAAAACUUAGCCAGCGACGCCGCGGCGUCGAUCCUACGUGAGCUUAGUGUUCUGACUCGACUGCCCAUGCCUCUCCCGGAAGUGCCACCUGAAUCAUGGCACGCCUCGAACAAUGAACAUGCUGACAUAUGCAUCGAUGCUACUGUGUCUUGGUGGGGGUGGGCCCCCGCCCUUUUGAGUGCCACCCGCUUCGUAUCGCCCAACAAGACCAGAUCCCGGAAAGACAAGACUACUGGAGAGUGGCGUCGGGCGCCGGGGCAUUUUGUUCUAAGACUGGAAUUCGGGGAGGCCUCACUUCGGGUGCAACAGGGAUUGCAGGGAGCGUUGGGGCAGUGGAUCGGGAAGGCGGUGAAAGCCGUUCGUGAGAAAGGUGAGGCCUCGUUUAACCUGUACUUGGACAAGACGCCGGAGGAGCUGGAACGUAAGCGUAAGCGGGCAGGAUUGGAUAUGGGAACGUCGUCCUCGGGCCGAGGAGGGAAAGUGGCGGUGGCACUGGCGGCAAACCUGGCGUCCAUGUGGGAGCAGCAGGGCUGUCACAAACUCAUACCCACGGCGUCGAACGGACGCGCAUUGUUGGUGCGCAUUCCGGGCGAUAAUCACACGGUGGCGCACUGGUUGUCUAUCGAGCCCACGGACGCGGAAAUUUUAGAGUGUGGAAAGAAGAUGAAAAAUCGGAAAGCAGCAGGAAUUGAUGGGUUCCUGGCCGAGUUCUAUAAAUAUGGCAGCCAGAUGCUCAUUCAGCAAAUCAACGGGGUCGUGAGGGAAAUGUGGCGAUUUGCGGUACAAGCGCCAAACGGAAUGGAAGCGAACGCGUGGCCAGAUGCCUGGAAUGAGGGACGCGUUGUACCACUUUGGAAAAAGAAGGGCAACAAAGCGGAUAAAACGACAUGGCGGGGAGUCACGUUGUUGAGUGUUGGGUCCAAGUUGUUAGCUCGGGUGGUUGCGCAAAGGACUCUGAGAUGGUCGGAUCCCUGGCUCCAUGAAGCGCAGGCUGGCUUCCGGAAGGGGAGGGGCGUGGAUGAUGUUUUGCAGGUAACUCGUCGAAUUGUGGAGGAAGCCAGCGCGUGCCAGGCCGAUGAUUCUGUAGUUUUGAUUCGGUUGUUUGAUAUCGAGAAGGCUUAUCCGCGAGUAAGUCGGGACACGUUGUGGAUGUUAAUGAAAAAGAAGGGGGCCCCCAACGGGUUUAUCAAGAUUUGCCAAGCGCUCCACGAACACACAAGGUAUUCAGUGAAGGUUUACGGCGGAAAUUCCUCAUCGUACGCGGCGGAUAAAGGUUUGCGGGAGGGGUGCCCUUCCAGCCCCCCGCUUUUCAAUGUCUAUCAUCAAGCGGUCAUGGAGGAUUUCCGAGUACGAAGACAGGCGCAGGCACAGAAUCUGGGGCUGGAACCAGGGUUGCCGUGGACAGUCAAGGUGGACGGCAGGGUGGAUCACCAGUUUCACAGUCGCGGGCACCUGUUCCGACAUAGUCAUGACACGGUACUGGGAGACGUGGGUUUCGCAGAUGAAAAACGGAAGGUUUACGAGUAUCCACUACACCAAGGGCAAGGACAAUGGUUCAAAUACUUAUUGGCGCAGAUUCAAGUAUCACAGCUGGACUGGUUUCGAUUAGCACAGGAUCGAGCCAACAGUCUCAAGUAUCACUAUGACGACAAACAUGCGGGCGACGUUGGGGAGCUCAGGGAGCAAGUGGCACAGCAGGGGCACGAGAUCUCGUCGUUGCGUCGUCGGGUGGACCGAUUGGAAAAAUCGACCCAUCUCGUGAUUGAAAACGGAAGUCGUCUGGAGGAGCUUUUCAGCAAGGCAGAGGCAUCCCGGGAGUUUAAAAACUUAGCCAGUGACGCCGCGGCGUCGAUCCUACGUGAGCUUAGUGUUCUGACUCGACUGCCCAUGCCUCUCCCGGAAGUGCCACCUGAAUCAUGGCACGCCUCGAACAAUGAACAUGCUGACAUAUGCAUCGAUGCUACUGUGUCUUGGUGGGGGUGGGCCCCCGCCCUUUUGAGUGCCACCCGCUUCGUAUCGCCCAACAAGACCAGAUCCCGGAAAGACGAGACUACUGGAGAGUGGCGUCGGGCGCCGGGGCAUUUUGUUCUAAGACUGGAAUUCGGGGAGGCCUCACUUCGGGUGCAACAGGGAUUGCAGGGAGCGUUGGGGCAGUGGAUCGGGAAGGCGGUGAAAGCCGUUCGUGAGAAAGGUGAGGCCUCGUUUAACCUGUACUUGGACAAGACGCCGGAGGAGCUGGAACGUAAGCGUAAGCGGGCAGGAUUGGAUAUGGGAACGUCGUCCUCGGGCCGAGGAGGAGGGGGGAAAGGCAAAGGUGGGAGGAAGGGCAAAGGCAAGGGAAACAAGGGUGGCAACUCCAGAGGGGGCGGGGGUGGCCGCCGGGGGGCGAACUGA